GCGUGUCUAAUACUAAUUUAACCUUCAAAAUGGCGUCCGACACUGAAGCACACUACAGGCUCUCCACUGAACUGCUAGGACAUAGUGGAGACGUCCGUGCAGUUUGUACCUUCUCCUUUAAUGAGACAGACUAUAUUGUGACGGCCUCCAGGGACAAGACGGCCAUGGUUUGGACGAGAGACGAUAAUAAAGAUUUUGUUCUUCAUAAAACACUGACACACCAUACAGGCUAUGUCUCUUCUCUGGUCUCUUUUGUUGAUGAAGAUGAAGUAUUACUGGUAACAGGUAGUCAAGAUUGUUCUAUAUUAAUGCACUCGAUACAAGAUCCUCUUCAACAAGAACCAAUUUUAAAAUACUCAGGUCACAAGGGGUUAAUUUCUUCAUUGAUUUAUCAAAAUUCUUUUCUAAUUUCAGCAUCUUGGGACAGUACUGUCCGUAUAUGGAAUACUGGUUCUAAUAAUGAUUGUAUAGCGUCAGUGAAAGGACAUGAACCAGCUGUUUGGUGUCUCUCAGGACUGUACAACUUUGAUUGUACUAACAGGUUCCUAUCAGGUGGAGCUGAUAAGUUGAUUCGUUUAUGGUCCAUAGACUCCUCCUCCUCCUCUGCCACUCCGACCUCCUCCUCCCCCUCCUGCUCCUGUGUCUGUGAGUACAGAGGUCACUCUGAUGUAGUGAGAGAUGUAAAGGUACUGUCAUGUGACCAGUUCCUCUCCGCCUCCAAUGAUUGUUCUAUUCGUUUAUGGAAUAUUCACACUGGGUUGUGUCUGAAGGAAUUAUUCGGUCAUGAAGCUUUUAUAUAUAGUAUUACGUUAUUGCCGACUGGCUUUGCUUCUUGUGGUGAAGAUGGAACCAUUAGAAUUUGGAGAGAUGAUAAAUGUAUUCAAGUUAUUUCUCUACCUUGUAUCUCUGUUUGGUGUGUCACUGCAUGUGGCAAUGGAGACAUAGUGUCUGGUUCAAGUGAUAGCACUGCUCGGGUUUUUACUGUAGAUGUGAUGAGAUCUGCAUCAGAAAGACACCUUUCUACUUUCCAUACACAAGUUGAGGAGUUCAAAAUGUCACGUAAUAAACAAUCAAUUGAUGUCAGUUCGUUACCGAAAAUUGCAACUGCUUUAUUAGAACCAGGUAAGAAAACUGGGGACACUAAGUUGGUUAAUAAUAACGGAGUAGCUGAAGUGUAUCAAUGGGACGCUGAUAUCUUGCAAUGGGUUAAAAUAGGUGAUGCUGUAGGUCAAGCUGACAGUAAAGUACACAAGGGGAAGGAGUAUGAUUAUGUCUUUGACAUUGAGAUUGAUGAUGGUGGUCAACAGAUGAGGAAACUAAAGCUUCCUUAUAAUAAAUCAGAUGAUCCUUAUGUUGCUGCUGAGAAGUUCCUACAAGCAAACAACAUUCCAAGUUGGUACUUAGACCAAGUAGCUGAGUUCAUUAUGACGAAUGCUGACGUGCAGCAUAAAAGUGAAGGAUACUCCGACCCUUUUACUGGUGGAGCUCGGUAUGUUCCCGGUCAAGAUGCAACACAAAAUCCCUCAAGUUCAGGAAAUCGUUUUGAUCCUUUCACGGGAGCCUCCGCCUAUCAUCCAAGCACUAGCCACGCCUCCUCAAGCCCCGCCCCUAGUAAAGGGAGUUCGGCUUCUACUAAUGUACACUACCCGAUAAGUAUGUAUCAGUCUUAUUCAAGCUCUAGCGAUUAUGUCGAGAAAAUAAUCGGAAAAUUAAGCGAAUUUAGUACCACUAAUAGUGAUGAGUGUUUCUUGACUCCUGAUGAACUUGGAUCUAUAAAAAGUUUUUGUAUGUCUCUAUUCAACUCUCCAUCACAAAUCAGUCUCGAUCACCUCUCUCUCUUAUCCAGGCUUCUUCUAAACUGGCCGCCUCCUUUUCUUUUUCCCGUUCUUGAUGUGAUUCGCUUGUCUUUUUUGAAUAAGGGCUGCUCUCAAUUUUUGACAACUACACCAAAUUUCAUGCAACUUCUCCACGAUUUGUCAUGUGGCCCAACAGCUCAGCCUAAGAACCAGCUUCUCGUGUUAAGAAUCAUUUGCAAUUCCUUCACUUCACUUGAAGAAUGGGCACCAUCAAAUAAGGAGCAGAUUUUUGUCAUUAUUAAUAAUUUAUUGGAAAGCCCUGGACUUGGAAAGAAUCAGCAAACGUCACUUGCAGCUGUCGUCAUUAACUACAGCUGCUACUUUGGUAAGGCUAGGGACAGGAAUGAGGGGAUUGUUGAUUUAGUUCAAAUUAUCACAAAAGUUUUAAGUACAGCUGGAAUGAGUGAUGAGGGAGUUUAUGGAGCUCUUAUAAGCUUAGGAACACUGCUAUCAAUGAAAUCUGAGGAGAGUGUAUCAAUCCCACCUAUAGUUCAUAGCAUUUUAGCAACACUUCUUGAUAGUGAUAUAACAAAGAUUUCUGAUUGUUCCCUGUUAUUGCUGGAGUCUUUAAACCACUGAAAAGAGAAAGAAAAGAUACUUAUUUAUAAUGUUUAAGAUUGAGUUUGAUCACAUUUGAACUUAUGAUUAUUAUUAAUAAUUUUUACCAUAAAAAA